CUGCCGCAAUUACCUACUCUCCGCUUCUCGAUCGCUCACGACGGAGCUUGGAUCAACGACAGUUCGGAGGCAGCCGUUCGCGAUCAUUCUUCCGUCCUCCGGCAAACGUUCACUCUCGUUUUCUCCAUUACUCCGAUCACUCGUUUCUUCGCACGUGCCGAUAUUUCACUCGUCGAUCGGGACAACGUCGCUCAUUCGAUCGACACGAAGAAAUCGUGCAAGUGUUGGGCCGAAGUCGAGGCAGGCUGUACGAGCGAGAAACGAAUUCGAGACUGUCCCAAGCGAAAUCGGCAGCCAGUGAGGAAAAAAACGUGUUUGCCCAAGUUACGAGCGAGAAAGACUUCUGGAAACAUCCAAGAUUUUCCGGCGACCGGAUGCGCCAUCAUUUGAAUGGAACGGAAGAAGCAAUAACGCUGAGAGACUAAGAAGGGGACGGUGACACCGUAUAGUUGCGGAAACAAGAGGCUCGAUCGAGAUAUCGAGAACAGAAGCGACGAAUCCUUCGAUUCGAAUCGAAUCGAGGCGAGAGUGUAAGAUAAUCGAGUCCAAGAAUGAACGAGUAUCGAAGAAUGGAAUGAGGAGGUCAACGACGAGAGCAGUGUUCAAAGAUUAAUUGAGAGAAAGAACAACAAAACGACGCCAGGUGUUGAAAAAGUUUUAGAGUGACGGUGAUGACAGAUGUGUUCGCGCUAUUCCUCGUAACGUGCGAGCCGUUGACUCUUCGGCUCCAACUGACGAGGUGAUCGGACGUCAUUGUUCAUCGCUUAAACAACGAGUCUUACUUUGGUUAUAAACAAACAGCAUGGUGAUGUCGAGUCUCGUCACCACGAAGAUGCAGCAAUUUAUCGCGAUAUUCCUGUGCUGUGCAGCAGUGGGAGCGGUUGGCCUCAUGAUCGACGACGACAAGCCUCCGAACAAUUUCACAGCAGCUGUCGGCGAAUACGUCGUGUUCAACUGUCAUUUGGACUUUCCUCACGAUUUACCGAUACCUUACAUUCUGCACUGGAACCGUGACGGACGAACGAUUUUCUCCUGGUACGAGGUACCGGGCUACGAAAGAGUCAACAGCGUGCUUUCAAUUGCCGACGACUAUGCAGGUCGGAUACACUUGCUCGAGGGACCGGUGAGUCGGGAAUAUGGACAGGGAAGCAUCAAUCUGACCAACAUAAGGGAGAGCGAUCAAGGCUGGUUCGAGUGCAAAGUCAUUUUUCCCGACCGAUCACCCAGCUCGAGAAACAACGGAACUUGGUUCUUUUUGAGCAUCGAAGGCGCGUCGCCGACGGACGAUGUUCCAGGUGAGAAUUUGCUGGCGAUACCUCCAGUCAACAGAACCGCAAUGGAGGGUGACGACGUCGAUUUCGAAUGUGUCGCCAAAGAAUCCACUUCCAUUGUCACAUGGCUUCGAGAUGGUAUCGAGAUCACGGAAUCGGAGGAUCUAAGACUGAGAACGUCGGUAAACGGCAAUGGGACAUUGGAGAUUCGACCGGCUGCGAUCGGUGACCUUGGCGAGUACACCUGUGUCGUGACCGAUACGCACGGGGACACUCAAAAGGCGUCGGCUUUUCUCAACGUUCAGUACAAGGCAAAGGUCAUUUACGCACCCCGCGACGUUUUCCUACCUUACGGAAAACCGGGCCGCCUCGAUUGUCACUUCAGGGCGAAUCCACCGCUGACUAAUCUGCGCUGGGAAAAAGACGGUUUUCUUUUUGACCCUUACAACGUGCCCGGAGUAUUCUAUCGACGCAACGGGUCCCUGUACUUCAGCAAAGUCGACGAGACUCACUCGGGAAGUUACAGCUGCACGCCGUACAAUGAAUUGGGCACGGAAGGACCAAGCCCAGCGAUUUCAGUAGUAGUCCAAAGGCCGCCGAUCUUCACCGUGACGCCGCAACGUCUGUACAUGCGGAAAUUGGGCGAGACGCUCGAGAUACCCUGCGACGCGAGGGACGGCGAUCAGUCCCAGAGACCGGCGAUCGUGUGGUUCAAGGACGGCUCUCCGCUCGUCCAGGAACGGACGAUUCUCCGCGGGGGGAAUCUCACGAUCGAGCGAAUCCAGGAACAAGAUCGUGGCUUGUACCAAUGCGCGGCUAGUAACGAGGCUGCGACCGUCGUUGCCGACGCCGAACUCAUGGUCCUCAACGUUCCGCCAAGGGCUCCGUACAACCUCAGCGCCAACAGCAGCAAAACGGCCGUAACGCUGACCUGGGUUCCCGGCUACGUCCGACCCAGGAUGGAAUACGCCGUUUGGUACAGGCCCACGGACACGGCGGAAUGGAAGACGAUGAAAAUCCCUGCGAAAAAAAUAACCGAAGCUACCGUGUUGAACCUCAAACCUGGCCACGAGUACGAGUUCAUGGUGCUGAGCCAAGACAAUCACGGGGACGGGAUGUUCAGCAAGGCGAUACGCGUGCUGACCCAACCGACUCAGGGUACGAUGGACCGAAACUCCGCAUCAGAAUUUCGCAGCGGUAAAGAAUCCGAUCUGAUGGGACCCCCGCGAAACGGGAAAGUGCAACCGACCGCCGAAGGUUAUCUCGUCACUUGGGAACCACCGUUGUACGGCAAAGAAUUCGUCCGGUAUUACACGGUCAAGUGGUACCGCGGAUCGACCGAUCAGUUGUACGGCAGGGCCAAAACCGUUGAUCCAUUCUACUUGGUUAAAUACUUGGAAGAAGACAACACGUACACGUUCGAAGUGUCGACGAACAGUGAAACAUUGGCGGUCGAAAGCUCGACCGGAAGUCGCUUCAGCUUGGACGUGCCGGCCUACAGGCGGCACAGAGCCAUUUCCAUGGGGAUCGUCGCCGGAAUCGGAUUCCUCUCGGCCUCCCUCGCUGCUGUAUGGUGGGCCAGGAAAAGAUUUUGUCAACAACAACCCGGUGAAAAAUAACCUCGCGCCCCGCGUCGCGUACCCUUCGCACGAACACUCUCAAUCGGACAUUUUUUCAUUCCACAAUGUCGCUGACGUGAAACAUCACAUAAUGGAUAUUAGAGGGAGGUUUUGCAGCAGCCGUUGAAACGCGCUCGAAAUAUCGGCAGGACGGAUCGAGUCCUCGACACUGUUUCCCUCUAUACGAUCAACGCUUCCGCGCGGACGUAAAACGCUCGGUCUGCCGUCAACGGUGCGUCGCCGAGUGGAGCAACUCGAGGCGCUCCUCCUUCUACAUUUUCUAUCGCCUCCUUUUUCCGUUGUACCUCCCUCGUUCUUUCGACAUACGAUCCCAUCGAUCGCGGUCAACUCGGACCAUUUGAUAAAUUAGACGAGUCAUCUUGGCACAAAAACGGCGGCGUUGCAUCUUUACCUUCUCUAGUUUUCCGAUAUCCGCCAAUCUCGCAUUUAUUUCGCAUCGCCUAUCCAAACCCCAUUUUUCCCUCUCGUCUCUUGUUUCUUUAACCGAAUAUACUUUCUCACUUGCUCCACUAUUCGCGGAAGAACGACGCGAGCCUCAUGAGUUUCAGCUUCUUUUAUUAAUCUUAAGGGCCUCGUAACACCGUCUCAUUACGAAACAUUUUCAACGCGUCAAGUUAUUCAGUUGGAAGCACACAAUCGAGCCUAAUUAUUAUUUCUCUUUGCUCCAUCGCGUCUCUGUAAAUAAAUUGGAUCGAUCGAUCGAACAGUAAAUAUAGCAAAUCACUAUCAAACCUCA